UUGGCAGAAGAAUUAUAGUUAAAUUGCCUAGAAAUCUGUAGAAAAACAGCAGUAAUAGUGAGAUUCCGGUGAGGAUGACACAGUCUGAGCUCGCCGGAGAGUAUAAAGACCGGAAUGUCGAUGGAGGUCGGACGGUUGUGGUCGGGGUGAAAUUGGAUUCACCAAGCAGAGAGUUACUCACAUGGGCUUUGGUAAAAGCAGCUCAUCCUGGUGAUCGUGUUAUCGCUCUUCAUGUUCUAACCAACAAUGAAAUAGUGGAUCCUGAUGGGAAGUCUUCAUUGCUAUCUCUUGUGAAAGCCUUUGACUCCAUUCUCGCUGUUUACGAAGGAUUUUGUAACCUCAAACAGGUGGAUCUUAAGUUAAAGAUCUGCAGAGGUAAUUCAGCUCGAAAAAUUCUUGUACGAGAAGCGAAAUCGUACGGUGCCAAUGAGGUUAUAGUUGGGACUGCAAUAACUCAUCAUGCCAUUAAAUCAUCAUCUUCUGUAGCAAAAUACUGUGCUAGAAAACUUUCCAAGAAUUGUUCAAUAAUUGCUGUUAAUAAUGGCAAAAUUGUGUUUCAUAGGGACUCCCGUUCAUCACCAUCCAAUGUCGGUGAAAAAGAUCAUCAUAAAAACCGAUUGUUAAGUGUGAUUCAUAGGUCACUGACUUUUAAUCCCAAGUUACCAAAUAAUGGAAAUGUGGAUGACAAAUGCAAUCAAAAUGAUUGCAAGAAAUUGGAGUUAGCUUUGGUAAAAACCAAAUCUGAUUGCAUGGCAAAUGGUAUGAAAUAUAAUUGUUCAAUAUGUUCACCGGAUUCGGUUCUCCCAACUACUGCUUGUGUUCUUGAGGAGACCGGUGAAGAUGAUGAAAGCUUCAUGGCUCUUGUACCUGUAAAGAAGCUCGAAGCUUCAUCGAGUUCAAGAGACGUAAGACCUGGUUGGCCGCUGCUUCGUAGAGCCAUUUCUUCGAAUAGACUUUCCCAGGAUAGAUCACCUGUUCGUCAAAUCUCUGUGGUUCAGUGGGCUAUGAGGCUGCCCACUAGAAACCUGUUACAAAUUACAAACUCAGAUCUGAGUGAUGAUAUCGUUGAUAAGGAAAAAGAUAGAUCUUUGGAACUAAAUGGUGAAAAUGGAGCAAUUGUUCUUGUUCAUGGUGACGAAAUUCAAUCUGAUUCAGGUUCUCCGUUGAGUGGUGAGUCAAUAUGCUUACCAGAAGAACUAGAGGGUCUUCAUGAAAAAUACUCGGGUAGUUGUAGAUUGUUUAGAUAUCAAGAACUUGUAGCAGCAACAAUGAACUUCAAGCCUGAGAAUAUGAUUGGCAGAGGAGGGAACAGUGAGGUGUACAAAGGUUGUCUUCCUGAUGGCAGGGAACUUGCUGUUAAAAUCUUGAAGACGUCCGAGGAUGUACUGAAAGAAUUCGUGUUAGAAAUCGAGAUUAUUACUGCUUUACAUCACGAAAACAUCAUUUCCCUUUUCGGGUUCUGUUUUGAAGACAGCAAACUCCUUUUGGUUUAUGAUCUUCUAUCAAGAGGAAGUCUCGAAGAUAAUUUGCAUGGCCAUAAGAAGGAUACGGUAUUUGGAUGGAAUGAACGAUACAAGGUUGCUGUGGGUGUAGCUAAGGCACUUGUAUAUCUACACAAUAAUUGUGAUAAACACGUUAUCCACAGGGAUGUUAAAUCAUCAAAUAUCUUGCUCUCCGAUGAUUUUGAGCCACAGCUCUCAGAUUUCGGACUGGCUAAAUGGGCUACACCUACCGGAUUGCAUAUAACCUGUACCGAUGUUGCCGGCACAUUUGGUUACUUGGCUCCCGAGUAUUUUAUGCAUGGGAAAGUUACCGAGAAAAUUGACGUCUAUGCAUUUGGAGUGGUGCUUCUUGAGCUUCUUACAAGAAGGAAACCAAUAACCAGUGGAUAUCCGAAGGGUGAAGAGAGCCUGGUUAUGUGGGCAAAGCCGAUUCUGAGUAGUGGGAAAUUUGCACGAUUGUUGGACCCAAGCUUGGGCGAUGACUAUGAUUUCGACCAGAUGGAGAGGAUGGCUCUUGCUUCUACGCUGUGUAUUAGACGUGCACCACGUGCUCGCCCCCAAAUGACCACUAUUUUGAAAUUGCUUGGAGGUGACGUCGAGGUGACAAAGUGGGCAAGGCUAGAAGUCGAUUCUACAGGUGGGUCCGAUGCUAGACUACAUAUUAGCAACAUAGCGGAAGAAGAAGAGGAAGGGUUUUCUCAAUCGAAUCUAAGGUCACAUCUUAACCUUGCGUUGCUUGAUAUCGAAGACUCGUCUCUUUCCAUGAGCAGCAGCAUCGAGGACAGCAUCUCGAUCGAGGAUUACCUCCGAGGAAGAUGGAGCCGAUCAUCGAGUUUUGAUUGAUGUGUAAAUAGAUUUUGAAAUUUAAGCCACUGUGGAUUGUAUGGAUGGAUGAGAGGUUGUUUGCUGGUUGCUUGGUGUGUUGCCCUCCUCCUCCUUCUCAGUUGAAACCAACUGCUGAACCUCAAUCAAAGUGAGCUUUUUUUUUCUUUCUUUUUUGGGUGAUUUAGUUAAUAAAAUCUCAUCAUGUUGUUUUGAUGCUUGUAUUUUUGUAUAAUCAGUAGUCAAUAAACUCAUUUUUGUACUCGUUA